AUGUCCAAACUCUCCAAGACUAACGUUAACCAUGCUGCGGGCAUCUUCGCCGACAUGUCGGUCGAUGGGCCCGCCAUUGGUACCCUCGUCGCCAUUGUUGACCGUGCGAAGAACCUGCCCAACCGCAAGACCAUGGGCAAGCAGAACCCCUAUUGUGCCGCUCGCCUGGGCAAAGAAGCGAAGAAGACUCCUACCGAUCUGCGAGGUGGGCAAACACCUCGAUGGGAUCACGAGCUUCGGUUUACAGUACACCAGUCCCCGGACUACUACAGAAUGAAACUCUCGAUCUUCAACGACGACAAGAGGUCUGAUUUGAUUGGCGAAGCCUGGGUCGACCUGCAGAACUUGAUCAUCCCCGGCGGUAGCCAGAACGACCAUUGGCACGUCCUACAGAGCCGAGGCAAAUAUGCAGGCGAGGUCCGCCUUGAGAUGACAUAUUACGACACCCGUGAGCAAGACGAGACGGUCAUUGAGCGACGGAAAGGUGCAGCCGAAAGAGCACAGGGCAAGGUUGCAAGCCCGUCGACAAGCUCCAUGCUAUCUGGCGCAUCUUCAAUGUCUGCCGCGUCUGGACUUUCUGGACCCCGUCAAUUAGAAAAGGUCAAGAGACGACCUCUGCCUACAGAUCCGUCUGGGGCCGCCCCUGUCAGACCUCCAGCUCCAGAGCACGUCCAGUCAGCCCCUCCGCUGCACCACCCCAUGCCAGCCAUGCCGGCCAGGCCAGCCGUCCGUGAUCUUGCCCAGACCAUGCCACAGGCUGCUGCACCCGAACCUUUCUCCUAUGCCCCCAGACACCCCGAACCUUCUUACGAUACCCAAUCAUAUGCUCCACCUUCCAACAUGCAACCCAGAGGGGGUUACGACGGCCCUGAUGAUUACCAGAUGGAAUGGAGUGCUCCUCCAUCUCUCCCUCCUGCGGGCAUGGUGAGAAGCAACACACAGGAACUCCCUUACCAUACCCCUGAAGCCCCCGACCACGUGUACGACUCGCGUCACCAACAGCCACGCAGUCACUCUGACUACGAUCAUCCUCCCUCGCGUGACUAUCGGUCAGCAUCAGAACCCCCCUUCGAAUCUGAAAUGGAUGGACGGAUGCAGUAUGGUGCUGUGCCUCAGUCGCAGGAUGCCUAUAAUCAAAUGGUCUCACCUCAGUAUAACGUGAACCCAAUGACAUUCGGGCAGGUGUCAACCUUUUCACCACGCUUGGCGGAAGACAUGCCUGCGCCGUUGAACUAUGGCCGUCCUGGUUCAUCCUCCGGACCGGCGGAUGAUCCUCGAUACCAACCGCGCUUUAAAGCUUUGCCACCCGCCCAUGUCGACGAGUAUCAUCCAGAGUAUGCUGGAAUGCAGCCGAGUGUGGAAGAUGAAGAAGAUUUUGACAAGCCUCCACCCCCGCCGCCCGUUCACCGUUCUCGAAUGGCACAGCAGGCACCGCCGGCACCACAGGCACCGCCAGCAGUAUCUCCAACAAAUCAGUUGCCAUCUUCGUAUAGGCCAUACAAUCCUUCCGUGCCUGCAAGUCUGGUCGCUGGGUACGAGGCCCAGAGUCAGCCUGAUCGUGCGGUGUAUGAAGAUCGAAGCGGCCGGAGACGCAGCGCACUUUUCGAUGAUGAAAUGAUGCUAGCCCAGCAGCCUGCACCAGCACCGGCACCCUCACCCUACGAGGCUCCUAUCUAUCCUCUUCGCACAUCUCCUCGGCCUAUGGGCGAGCAAUCAGGCUCUGUUGUAAGCCGAGCAAGCCAAGCUAGAUCGGUGAGUCCAGAUACGCGGAUGAUUACCCGAAAAUCGGUAAGCCCUCGACCUUCGUCUUCGGAUAGCCGGGCAGGCUCCUCGGUCCCUUUCUCUCCCGACUCCUACAACUCCUUCAACCAGCAUUCCUCCCGACCUGGAAGCUCUCGAGGGGUUUCCCCUGCGUAUGAAACGCCAUCGCAAGUCAGAGCCCCGUCGUCUCGGUCUGAGUUUGAAUCCGUCCGAGACUUGAAUGAGCCUAUCAUCGGUGAUGAUGGUCGCGAGAUUGACCCCUCAGACCACCUGCCUACAGAAACAUGGGCCCCUGAGCCGGAGAAGAAGAACCGCAAACCGGAGGUCAUUAUCCGAUUCAAGAAUUCACCCCGGCCGACAUCCCGUGGCAACGACACGCCUGUCCGGAGCACACCGCCGCGUGUAGGAUUCCGCACUACGCCCGACACUCCGAGUGACUACAGGCGGUACAAUCCGUCUGUGCAUGCCGACUCUGUGGACCGCACUCCCCCUCGGGCUGAUCGGGGACACGAAAGUCAUGGCAGUUACACACACGGUCGAGGCUACAGCACCCCGACAUCUGUUGACCGGCCACGCUCCUCCCAUCGAGUCUCGGUUUCUCCCACGCCCAGCGCUCGCUCACCAUUGUAUGACUACAGCCCUGGACCGCCUAUACCUUCCAAGGUACCGGUCUCCCAAGGAGCACCAGCCUACCCCGUUGCAUCCAGCAAUGUGAGAGGUGGGCGACCGGGAAUGGAUGCCCUGAGCCGUGAGCUCAGCACAAUCGACAUCGGCUCAGCGGGCUGCAGUCCGAGUCGAGCCGUUCGGAGAUACGCACCACCUCGGCCGUCGGCGUCAAUGGGCUAUGCCAGUUAA